AUGUCGAUAAAUUUUAAAAUAAGUAUUGAUCGGGAUGAAAAGAGGCUAGAAGAAUUAUAUCAGUCAUAUGAGACUGAUGGCCUUGAUGCCAUUAGAAGCAACCACGAAGUAAUUAAAUUCUUGACCUACCACUAUAUGCCGCACACUCCAUGGACCACUUCUAAUACGCAGAAAAUAUCAACGAGAUUAUUAUGCCAAGUGUUUCCCCAUAUCUCAGAGGAGGAGCAUGCCCCGCAAUACGACCUCCAAAUAAUGUUAUUGGAAACGAUAAGAUCAUCAUUCAGGGACCUAUCACCUAACCCUCAGAAAGCUGUUGGCGGCCUCCGCCCGCAAUUAGGUUACUCCAAUGACUAUUAUGAUUCCAGGCAAAAAUGGAAACAGACACCUUCGAAAUUACACGUCAUAUCCACGCUUUAUUUUUAUUUGUCUAAAUUUAGUGUGUCUGAAGCUGAACUUCGGCAGGAUUGGAACCUUUAUUCAUCUUGUGUUUUGAAAGUUUUGGAUGAUACAGAUGCUGUGAUCAAAUCCCUUGGGUGCCAUAUAUUGGGGCUCAUCAUUGGCAAACUUCGUGGCAAUGAUGUUGAAUUUGGCAGAUUUAAUUACUUUACUCAAAGCGGUUUGGACAAGGUGCUCCUCGAGUCCAUUAGUAUUGGACUUUCAUAUCUUCCAACACUCUCAAAGAUAGAGGACUCAAGAAUGAUAUUGCCCAUAUCAUAUUCACUGUCGGCAGCAAUUAUAGUAAAAUGUUCUAAGACUGUAAAGGAACAGGAUGAGCGGUUGCUUCAAUUUUUGAAUGAUGAAAUCAUCAAUAAAGUAGGGCUUAUUAUGAAUUUGCCACAAAAUGAAAAAAUCACAAUUUUGCAAAUUUACAUCAGGGCGGCUGAGGAAAUAAUUAAUCUAUUGCAUAGACUGAGAAAGGUGGUUUUGGUACUUCGAAAGCUAUUGUGGAGUUUUGUGCUAAAUAUUUUGACUGAUGGAUUUCUAUUUCUCGGAAUUGGGGCGAAUGAAUCUGGAAAUGAUGAUUUGGUUAAUACUGAGGUAUUUGUGGAAGAGGUACUAAAAUUCCUUGAAACCUUAAUGGAAAUGGCCAAGGAGAGAGUAAAUAAGUAUAGAUAUGAUAUCUUUACGACAAUGAUUUUAUUUUUGGAGAGAUAUGAACAGGAAGUUAACGGUGAUGUUCACGAGGAUGUAUCGCAGUUUAGGAAAUUGGUCGAGAUGAAGGACGAACAGGAGAAAAGUCUUGCAGAAAAGCAGGAAAAAAUAGUACUUAAGAAUAGCAAUAUACAGGCUUCAGCAGAGAAAAUUUUGGCAAUUGCUGUGGAUUCUUAUGAGGAUAAACGACAGGCGCAAUUGGAAGUGUCAGAAAUUAUUGACAGAAAACCCUUUAUGUCCAAUUACUUUCUAAUUAUUUAG